UGGGCUGUGCUCUUCUUCAUCAUGCUGUUCAGCCUGGGUCUGUCCUCCAUGUUUGGUAAUCUGGAGGGCGUCCUCACGCCCCUUUAUGACCUCAAAUUGGUGCCCAAGUGGAUGCCCAAUGAGCUCUUCACAGCGUUGAUCUGCCUCGUAUCGUUCCUGGUGGCUCUGAUAUUCACUAUGGGUUCGGGGAACUACUGGUUGGAGAUCUUUAACAGUUACGUGGGCUCUGUACCUCUCCUCAUCAUCGCCUUCUUUGAGAUCAUCGCUGUGGCAUACAUCUACGGAAUAGGACGGUUCAGUGAUGACUUGGAGUUCAUGACAGGACAUAGACCCAACAUCUUCUGGAAGGUUUGCUGGUUGGUCAUCAGCCCCCUGAUGCUGUUCGUGGUGUUGGUGGCGUACGUUGCCGUCCAGGCCCAGACACAUCCCACCUACCCAGCAUGGAAUCCUGACUAUGUGAACUUCCCCGACACAGAGGUUCUGCCGUAUCCAGACUGGGUGUUUGCCAUCUGUGUCCUGCUGUCUUCAGUACCAGUUAUCUCCAUACCUCUGGUGGCCAUCUACAGACUCAUCUGCUGCAUGUCAGGAAGACACUCUGAAGACCGUCUCCACAACGAUCCGAAUCCUUAUGCCAACGAAGGCUACGUUGUAGAGAGCUAGACCCUAAAGACACUCUAUUUCUAUCUAUCCUCAUCUGAGCAACACUGUAAAACAACGCUGCGGUGAAGUAAUUGCCUCACAUCAACUGAUCUUGACAUUCCUUACACUCAUGAAUCAAACGGGUGUUUAUUAGUUUUUAUUUCGUAAAAAUGAAGGACGGACGAUCGGUUGCACUCAAUUUGAACAGUGAUUUUUUUUAUGUUUCCAGGAGUAGUUUUUUUUGUCUUUUGGGUGACACAAAGAGGAUUGGAAAGCUGAGAAUCGGUGCAUGUUGGGUGUACCAAUUUUGACCAAUUAAAAAUUGAAUUGUUGGUCAAAGUAUUUUUAUUUUAUUGUUUCUCACACAGAACAUAAAGAUAAGCGCUCAUUUAAACAGCAUAGAGCUUUCCGUGUAAAGAUAGUGUCUGUGCCAUUAUGUUUUCUACUGGAAAUGAAAUUACAUCUCUGAUAUCAAAUGUACUUCCUUAUUUCUUUCAUAGGUCCUACCACUCCUAAAUCAUAAACAUUAGAUAUAAUACAGCAAUUAGAUGGAGAUUUAACCUAGGCGUUGAAACCACAGUAUGACAACAUGAAAAGACAUAAACAUAAAUAACUUGUAUUACAUAUUGGUAGUGUGCAAUAUUACUUUAUUUCAGUCACAUAGCACUGACACAUAGCCUAGUAGACCGAUCUGUUUGCACUUUAGCUAGCUAACUCCUCUGUCCUGUCUUUUGUCAUGGCACUUUAGCUAGCUAACUCCUCUGUCCUGUCUUUUGUCAUGGCACUUUAGCUAGCUAACUCCUCUGUCCUGUCUUUUGUCAUGGCACUUUAAAGAGCUACCUCCUCUGUCCUGUCCGUUGUCAUGGCACUUUAGCUAGCUAACUCCUCUGUCCUGUCUUUUGUCAUGGCACUUUAAAGAGCUACCUCCUCUGUCCUGUCCGUUGUCAUGGCACUUUAGCUAGCUACCUCCUCUGUCCUGUCCGUUGUCAUGGCACUUUAGUUAGCUACCUCCUCUGUCCUGUCCAUUGUCAUGGCACUUUAGUUAGCUACCUCCUCUGUCCUGUCUGUUGUCAUGGCACUUUAGUUAGCUACCUCCUCUGUCCUGUCCGUUGUCAUGGCACUUUAGUUAGCUACCUCCUCUGUCCUGUCCAUUGUCAUGGCACUUUAGUUAGCUACCUCCUCUGUCCUGUCUGUUGUCAUGGCACUUUAGCUAGCUACCUCCUCUGUCCUGUCCGUUGUCAUGGCACUUUAGCUAGCUAACUUCUCUGUCCUGUCCGUUGUCAUGGCACUUUAGUUAGCUACCUCCUCUGUCCUGUCUGUUGUCAUGGCACUUUAGCUAGCUACCUCCUCUGUCCUGUCCGUUGUCAUGGCACUUUAGUUAGCUACCUCCUCUGUCCUGUCUGUUGUCAUGGCACUUUAGCUAGCUACCUCCUCUGUCCUGUCCGUUGUCAUGGCACUUUAGCUAGCUAACUCCUCUGUCCUGUCUUUUGUCAUGGCACUUUAGCUAGCUACCUCCUCUGUCCUGUCCAUUGUCAUGGCACUUUAGCUAGCUAACUCCUCUGUCCUGUCUUUUGUCAUGGCACUUUAAAGAGCUACCUCCUCUGUCCUGUCCGUUGUCAUGGCACUUUAGCUAGCUACCUCCUCUGUCCUGUCCAUUGUCAUGGCACUUUAGUUAGCUACCUCCCCUGUCCUGUCCAUUGUCAUGGCACUUUAGUUAGCUACCUCCUCUGUCCUGUCUGUUGUCAUGGCACUUUAGCUAGCUACCUCCUCUGUCCGUUGUCAUGGCACUUUAGCGAGGUACCUCCUCUGUCCUGUCCAUUGUCAUGGCACUUUAGUUAGCUACCUCCUCUGUCCUGUCUGUUGUCAUGGCACUUUAGCUAGCUACCUCCUCUGUCCUGUCCGUUGUCAUGGCACUUUAGCUAGCUAACUUCUCUGUCCUGUCCAUUGUCAUGGCACUCUAGCGAGCUACCUCCUCUGUCCUGUCCGUUGUCAUGGCGCUUUAGCUAGCUACCUCCUCUGUCCUGUCCAUUGUCAAGGCACUUUAGCUAGCUACCUCCUCUGUCCUGUCCGUUGUCAUGGCACUUUAGCUAGCUAACUUCUCUGUCCUGUCCAUUGUCAUGGCACUCUAGCGAGCUACCUCCUCUGUCCUGUCCGUUGUCAUGGCGCUUUAGCUAGCUACCUCCUCUGUCCUGUCCAUUGUCAAGGCACUUUAGCUAGCUACCUCCUCUGUCCUGUCCGUUGUCAUGGCACUUUAGCUAGCUAACUCCUCUGUCCUGUCUGUUGUCAUGGCACUUUAGCUAUCUAACUCCUCUGUCUGAAAAAGAGGUGUGGGCUCAUAAGAUAUUCUGCCCAGCAACAACUACACCUGCUAACGGGAGCGCCUGGGGCUGGGACCAGCCUGUGCGCCAACGAUAGGCUGAGUGAGUCUAAACCACGCUCAGCCUCUACUCUGAUAGGCCAGCUCAGAAGCGGGAACUACUUAUAUCAGAGUACAUUAGAAGAACUUUGUCAGGAACUAGUUAGUUCUCUGUACUGUCCUGUGUGGUGUUACAGUGAACCCGUAUAUAUGAAAAUUGCAUUUACCAUUUAUUGCUUGACUAAUAAUAAAGACAUAGAAGAUUC